ACGAGGCCGAGAAGGGAUACCUGAAGUUCGUGCAAGAAGGGUGGAAGGAAAUCGAAAUCUUGCAAUACCUCACAGGAAUCAGUUCUCCUGCGAACCAUACCAUAUCUGGAGUCCAAAUCUGGCCUGUGCGAGGCGGCAACAUCAUAUUGAUGCCUGUGGCUGGCAGCUGGCUUAUGAUGCUAAACAACCUUGAUGUGCACCUGUGGUCCUUAGCUAAACAGCUGUUCGGAGCCGUCGACUUCAUGCACCAACACGGUGUGGCGCAUAUGGAUCUGAAGCCGCAAAACAUUUUGAUCCCUCACAAUGGCGGACAUCUGUCUAUCAUUGACUUCAACACCUCCUUGUGCGUCAAGGGUGUUGGACACAAGUUCGGUGGCAUCGUAGGCACAACCGGGUAUAUUGCCCCUGAGGUAGCUGCUGGUAAUGGCCUCUACAGUGCGAUCUGUGCAGACUUGUGGUCCUGUGGAAAGACAUUAGAGGAGCUGUGUAUCAAGUGCCACCCAUCCAUGGAUCACGAUACGCUGCUCGAGAUAUCUCGACAACUUAUGGAUGAAGAUCCAGAAAAGCGACCAACGAUGUCAGAUGUGUUGGGCCGGCUGGCCCGUUGUACUGUUGACGCUACCACCACACCAGAUUCCCUAAGGUAAUGUGAGCUUUUCUUGCAGCAUGCAUUUACUUGUUCUGAGCAGUUUCUACUCUGUUGCCCCACCGGAAGUGAAUGCAUGAAUGUAAUACCAGAUGUAUACCAGGUCAUAUUUUAUU